UGCAGGACCUGAUAUUUGGAGGUCGAAUGGGUCUAAUUAAUUCAGAACCAACAACAUUGUCUUCUCCCACUUCAGUCGGAUCUUGGAAGGGAAGAAAAUGCCAAUGAAUGUAUAAACACAGAGGAAAUGCAAUGCCACAGACGUCAUUGAUGGAAUUCACUGUUUUGGAAUUAAAAACCGUGUGGCUCCUCUCCGCUCCUCUUCCUCGUGAAGAAAGAUAGAUGCUGAGAAACUUAAAUGCUGCCAUUAAUGGCAAUUGCAGCUCUGAGCAUGAAACAUCAGUAAUAUGGUGCGGUGAGUAUAGAAGAGCACAACUCACAUGCUGAAAGCUCAGAGAAUUCGGAUAGCUUUAGUUUUAACGGGUUACGCUGAAUGCCUCAUGGAAACGAGACCAUUUUCGACCUCGAGGCUUAUGUUUCUUUUUGUAGUCAUCUGGUUUUCUCUGGCUUCUGCAUCUGCUCAGCUUGCGGUCGGUUUCUACUCGCUCUCGUGCCCGGGUGCCGAGUUCAUGGUCAGGAACACAGUGAGAUCUGCUGCUUCCAGUGAUCCCUCCGUACCUGGGAAGCUCCUUCGGUUGCUCUUCCAUGAUUGCUUCGUGGAGGGUUGUGAUGCAUCUAUACUUAUACAAGGAAAUGGAACCGAGCAAAGCGACCCUGCAAAUAGAUCACUAGGGGGUUUCUCAGUCAUCAAUUCGGCUAAAAGGGUCCUCGAAAUUUUUUGCCCUGGCAUCGUUUCGUGUGCGGACAUUCUGGCUUUAGCUGCUCGAGAUGCUGUCGAAUUGACCGGAGGCCCUGCAGUUCAGAUUCCUACAGGGAGGAGGGACGGGAGAAUUUCUUCGAUUUCGAACGUCAGACCAAACAUUGUGGACACCGGUUUUACAAUGGAUGAGAUGAUUAGGAUCUUCUCCUCCAAAGGCUUGUCCUUGGAAGACCUUGUUGUACUUUCAGGUGCUCACACAAUCGGAUCAGCUCACUGCAGUUCAUUCAGCGAUCGAUUCCGACAAGACUCCACCGGAAAGCUGACACCAAUCGACACUUCCCUCGAUAGAUCCUUUGCGAAGGAGCUCAUUGACCGAUGCCCUGUGGCAGCAAAUCCGUCUAUAACUGUUUCUAAUGAUCCCCAAACGUCCUCAUCAUUUGAUAACCAAUAUUUCCGGAACCUCAUAGCCCACAGGGGUCUCUUCCAAUCUGACUCCGUGCUGUUCAGUGACUCCAGGACAAGAAGGCUGGUGGAGGAUUUCGCGAAUGACCAGGAGAGCUUCUUUGCGAGUUGGACGCAGUCGUUCAUGAAACUCACUAGCAUUGGCGUGAAGGGAGACGGCAAAGGGGAGAUCAGGCAGUCUUGUUCGGCCGUUAACAUAUGAAACAUUUACUCACAGUGUUGUCUAUUCUUUUAUCAGAUUCUCCGAGUCUUGGUCGUUGUAGAUAGUCUGAGAAUCGUCGUGUGCGAUAACAGGCCUCGUGUGUAUAGGUGUAGUUCAGCUUAAUGGAAAUGUCAUUUUAAUUCAUAGGUC